AACUGCGGCUAGAAGUAAACAUUUUUCAACGAAUGAAAUUUGCACACUGCUAAGCCUAGUGCAGCAAAAUUCAAGUAUUUUGGAAUGCAAGGCAACAGGAAAAGUGCGUCCUGACCAAAAGGACAAAGUGUGGGAUACAAUAACAGAAAGUUUCAACUCGGUGUGUUCCGGAGCACCUCGUUCAACAAAAAAUCUGCGAACGAAAUAUUUAAAUUUAAAAGCAGACAUGAAAAAACGGGCUGCUGAUCACAAGAAGUAUGUAUAUGGUACAGGCGGGGGUCAUUGCAAAGAGCCUGAUCCCGCUGAUACCGAAGUUGACACACUGUUUAAUGAAAUAUUGCCAAAAAAACAAGUGCGGGGUAUGGACUCCACAUAUGACAACGACUGCCUAGAAAUAAAUGUUGAGGAUUUCGAUAAUACAGUUGAGCUACAAAAUAAGACAGAUCAAAUGAUGGAAGAAGAAAUUGAUUUUGAACCUUGGGAAAACAAUACACCAAUGCAAUUGAAACGCCAAAAACAGAAAGUUGUGCGCUGAAAGUGUAAAUAAAAAACAUACAAUCUGGGCUAAGUUAGCAGAUAUAAAGGCAAAAUGGACGGAAAAGAAAUUGAAAGAAGAUGUUGAGUUUACGAAAAUCGAACACACGUUACAUAUACAGCAAAUGAAAGAAGCACAUGAACUACAACAAAAAUUUAUCAGAGAAGCAUGUCCUUGAAAUGCGGAUACUGGAGGAUCAAUUAAAACCAAAGUGAAAACGUAAAUUUUGAACUUUUGCAAUGUGCCUUAUCAGUAUUUCUAUUAAUAUUACAAUGUGUUCCUGAAUUUUAA